AACUCCCUCGCGCAWGGGUCAUCAAACAAGUCUAGAACCAUUCUCGACGACGCUUUGUCAAAUAUUUAGCCUGAUUGAGAAGUUUGUUUGGCCAAAGUUGACUUAUUUCAGUCCCACCUCGGCCUUCAAUUCUUAUUCUCUUGACGGAGUUGGUUCUAAGCAAGUUCUCGGUGGAAAAAGGGCUCGCAAACCAUGGCCAAGUUAACAGCCUUGGUAUUCAUAGUUCUAGCAACCGUUGCUCUUCAAUCAGGUGGUGAAGUCGUAGUUCCUUUUAAUUCUGAACUAUAUGUUCCUUCCGCUGAUCUUAAUGCAUUUUGCACUGUACAAAAUGAAACAUUUGUUGGAUGGUUUAAAGUCGAUGGAGAUAAGAGGACAAAAAUAGAUGUUGUUGCAUCAAGAGCUGAUGUCAAAGCCAACCCUGGUGUUCUCAUAGAGACCCGGAGUCCAAAUGAGAAGACCUGCACCCUGAUAUUUCCUAAAGGAUCGCCAGUUACUAUAGGAGGAACAUAUGAAUGUACAGGAAGUAAGAGUAAAGCAAGUCUUGUCGUCCAAGUAAGACCCAACUUGGGUUCACUUAAAAAAUACCAAUACCUUCAUAUUGGUAAGAAUGAAAAAAUAGUCCUGGGAGCUAUUACCUAUCCAUAUUCCACGUUCGUCUGGAAGAAAAAUCUGGUUGUCAUUGACUUUGCAAGCGAUCCUCGCUUGACUUUAGAGAAAGAUGGUUCAGUUGUAAUUACUAACGUCAAAGAGUCAGAUGCUGGCAGAUAUGAUGUGCAUAUUGACUGGGAAGGAAGAAAUACUGCAGAUGAAAUAAUUAAUGUUACUGUGAUAGAAAAGCCUAAAUUCCUCUCUACACCUACCCCAAGUACGCUGAAGGGUAUAACAGGUUAUGACUACAAGUUCUGUUGUAAUCAUACUGGUAUGCCCAAGCCAACACUCAAGUGGUACAAAACCCAAGGAAGUAAUGAGGUUCAACUAGACGUGACCAAUCCUCGAUACAGUGUUGAUGCAAAUUGCAUGAGUAUUAAGACACUGGGGCAGAGUGAUGCUGCCCAGUACAAAUGUACAUCAACAAAUUCUGCUGGUCAAGCCUCGGCAACUGUAACAAUAGAGAAAGUUGGAGUGAAACCAUCUGUGGAUACACUUGCUGAAGACUCAAUGCUCAAAAGUGUGAAUAAACCACUUGAGGUCGAAUGCACUGGUAAAGGAGAUCCAUUACCCACAAUGGAGUGGACCAAUGGUGGAAAAGUAUUAGCUAAUCAAAAACAAGAGCCAGGUAAGAGUACCAUGAUGUUCAAAAGUUUGAGGCUUAAAGAUACUGCAAACUACACCUGCACAGCCAGGAACGGCCUGUUUUAUGAUGGUAAAGAAGUCCAUGCUUCGAGAAAUUUCCAACUUAAUGUGAUAGCUAAACCACUCCUUAAUAAGAACAGAACUCCAAGUCCAGUGUACUCUUUCCUUUACAACAAAAACAGUGUUCUUGUCCAGUGUGUCUUUGAAGGCUUUCCUGAUCCAGCUGUUGAAAUAACUAAGAAUGGUGUGUCGCUAGCUAACGGAACAAUAGUAGCUUCAUUGUACGUAACAACAACUAAUUUAAAAGAUUUUGGAGACUAUGUUUGCGAUGCAAAAAAUAAUCAUGGCUCAGCUUCCCAUACAGUGAAACUUAAAGAAGCAGUUGUUCCUGGUAAACCAAUCAAUGUGAAAGUCAAAAAAACCUGCAAGUCAGCUCUGAUCUCAUGGGAACCACCUGUUGAUAAUGGUGGAAUGCAAGUCUUGAAUUACGUCAUCACAGUCCAUAACAGCACCACCAAAUUCCCCUCAAAAAAUGUGAUUUGGAAAAACCUUAUGCACAAGAUUGAAUACGUCUUCAAGCCAGAAACCACCUAUAAAGUUGAAUUAAGUGCAAGAAAUAUUGUUGGUGCUGGCGCACCAGAAGUCUUCACCUUUACCACCAACAAGUAUUGCAAACCAGGCCCACCUCUAAUCAGCACCAUUGGUGGUAAAAGAACCAAAGCUGACUUGACAGUAUUUGGUCCAGAUAUCAAAGUGACAUGGAAAGCACCACAGGACAAUGGCUUUGACGAGAACCUUGGCUAUCAUGUAGAAUGGAGAGUCAGAAAGGAGUUCAACCAGACGGAGUGGGAAAAGUCUGAGUUACUCCAGAAGCUAGAGUAUGAUAUUAAGGGCUUGAAGAAGGGCAAAUAUGAAAUAAGAGUGUACGGUGUUAGCAAAGCUGGAAAUGGCAAGUCUGAUAUGAGAGUCGUGAAUGUUGAUGAUCACAAAGAUACUACUUCUACAACUUUCUCUCCUAAACUGCCUGAAACUGUUGCCGAUACUCUUCCUACUUCUACUUCUACUUCUUUUUCUACUAAACUGCCUGAAACUGUUGCUGCAAUGCCUACCCUUCCUGAUGGCAUAUCUCAAAAUAAAGGAACUCAAGGAGGACCAGUAGCUGGUGAAAGAAAAGGUGGAUUAAGCAAGGGAACCAUCGCAGGAAUCGUCAUUGCUAUCCUUCUCAUUGUCCUCAUCACUAUCGACUUGUUCUGUUGCUUCUUCAACAGCUGUGGUCUUAUCUUCUGUUGUCAACGGGCUUGUUGUGGUGGCAAAUAUUCUCCAGAUGGAAAGUCUAAAAAAGAUUCUGCAGAAAUGGAAAAACUGAGUAAAAAACCAGCCCCUGAGGACGUGUGAGCCUGCAAUCCUAAUACCUUGCCUUCCAGCGGUUCAACAUAUUCAGUGCAUGUACGCGAAGAAGGCACUUGAUUUUGCCUGCUUAUUAUGUAAGGACAUUUUGAGCUAAAAUCUAAUCAUUCCAUCAAGAUAGAAAUUCAAGGCCUUGUAGAUAGAGUCAUUCUUGUUUGUAGGUCGACCUUUUAUUCCUUUUAUUUUAAUUGCAUUUUUUUUAGAAACUUAAAUAUUUUUACGUCAGUUUUUUCAAACAUACUAAUACAUAAUAAGGCCUAGACACCAAGUCUCCGGCUUCAUCGGGAGGGCAAUUUCCCCGGGUAUUUAAUGACGUCAUAGUCUAUAUAACAUUUUGUCCAUGAUGUUAGUUGACGUGACGUCAUCUUGACGCCUUUCUCCCCUCCCCCUCUUCCUCCAGCACAAUGCUACUCUUCAUGUUUCUGUAACCUAGGUAACUCGUGCACUGUUACCUAUGUAUGGAAACAUAAAGAGUUUGAAGUCUUGUUGCUUGAAUCAAACAGACGUUCACAAAUUGAAAGCUUAUCUGGCUUUUAUUCAUUUAGUGUGCAUUCUCUAAUGAGAUUAGGUCAGUAUUUCGUCUCUCCUUAGUAUCGUUAUCAUAGAACAACCAUUUUGAAGGGGAAAAUGUUUUCAAGGCAAAGAUUUAAUUUUACGGGUUGCCAACAAACUGUAUGACUUGUCGCUUAAAUAGCUGAAAAUAUUAUCAGGAAAUACAAGAUCCGUAAUCAUUUAUAACCACGAUUGAAUUCUCCUGAUUUUUGAAUCUCAAACUUUCUGCCCAGUCGAUCAUCUUAAGUGUUUUCCAAAAAAAAAAUCGUCAAAGUUCAUGUUUUAUUAACUCGCAGUUUUAAAAUCGUGUUUGUCUACUGUACAUCGAUCCGUUCUAUUAUUCACAGCUACUUCGUUUUAGAUAUAUUCAAACAGUUAUUUAUAUUAACAACAAAAUUGAACCAAAAAAAUACCAAGAAUACGAACCUAUGAAGUACAGUUGUUCUCUUUGAUCUUAUUCUCAGACUUGUGAUAUAACGACAAAUUUUAAAAGCUCCUUUCGAUCCAUCCAUCAGAUUUUAGUUUUCGUUUUAUCGGUUCUCAAUUUUAUCAGUUUGUUUGUGCUAGCUUUAUCAUCUACUUAUUGUCUGCUGAGCCUGCGGUCCUUAUGGACUCCGCUAAGAAGCGAGGUGUUCUGGGAAAUGGUAAUUCCGGUUUAUUCUGAUUGGUUGGUUGGUAUUUUUUCAUGAACCAAUCACAAAGCUGUGGGACUUCCUCUUUUUUUGGCGGAGAGCAAAAGGAACGCAAGCUAAAGAUAGUGAUUACACUCAUUGAUUUAGGGUUUAUGUACCAAGCGCAACGUUUUUCGUUGCGAAAAGUAAAUACGGGUUUUGUAUUGUGAAGCGCGCAAAGAAAAUCUGUUGCGCGCGGAGUAGUAGUACGACCAGCGUUUGCUGUGUAACUUGCAACGAGUCAAGUUACAAGAGUUUUGCCGUAUGACUUGAUUUUUCGUUAUUAGACAAAGUACCAUCCAAUACCACGCGAGUUAUCGUCGUCGAGGCAAAGUAUGCCCUGGUGGACGUCAAUCAAACUGUUUCUAUGACAAUGACAGGAAAGAAGGGCACGCCCCUACGGAAUGCAAUGGAAACGUCUUGAAUGACGUCCACAAGAGCCUACUAUAUUGCGAUUGCGUGCGUUAUUGGAUUACGAGUGUUACGAUAAACUUGUAGUACAUGAUGGUCGACUGUAUGAUCUCACCUAUAUACUUGUUGCUACUGCUGAAAUUACUCUUGAUAUGCAAUCAUUACCAAGCGAAUGAAAUAACUAAAGACAUGGGGCCAUGUUGGAUGAUGUAAAAUAUAACUCCUCCAACAUGGCGUCCGUGUUACACACAUAAUGAAGAUUGCUCAAGUAGCAGUUCAUUUUAACAAAUUAGCUUAAUGUUAUAGUUCUGAUUUCUAAAUCUAAAAUUGAUUACUUAAAUCAUAUUUAAGUGGAUUUAGAGGUAGUUAAAUGUAAAAACACGGUCAUCAAGUCAACGACUUGAAUCCUAUGUAAAACUGAAAAAUAAGUAUUAAAAAAAUUAAAAGAAA